CACAGAUAUUCAGUAACAAUGGCUGUACUCGUGUUGUUGGUUGCCAUCGUCGGCUGUGUUUUGGCCAAACCUUCCAGCGAAAAUGUGAAGCCAGUUGAAGUUACAUUUUACUACUCAGUAUUCUUCCACCAUGCCAUUACAAAGGGAUUGCUUCCAGCUUAUACUGACACCAAAUUUAAUUAUUCUUCUCUGAUUUCAAAACUCACAUUGGUUCCUUUUAGUUGGGCAUAUAAUGCGAAUCAAACCACUUAUAAUUUCAAGACUAAGCGUGGUCAAUUUGAAAGUGACGGGAACAGGUUACGUUCGUGUGCCACCAAGUAUAUCCCCGACGUAUUAACAACUUUAAAUUACAUUUCAUGCUUAGAAAAACUAGAAAAACAUCAGCAGGGAUACGCUCCAUUCGAAUUUGGUAUACCACCUAAAUAUCCCAUUGAUAAGUGCAAAAAUAAACUCCCAGCUGGUCUCUACCCAAAAAUAAUCAAUUGUUAUAGAUCAGAUGAAGGAUGGGAAUUAUACGAGGAAAAUAAAGAGAAAUCCAAACCAUUGCUUCCGAAAGCUGGUACCAUUCCUUUUCCUUAUGUCUCCUUCAAUGAUGAACAUGAUGACGUUCUGGCUCAAGAUGCAGUUGACAACUUCAAGAGUACACUUUGCAAAGUUACUGGUGUUGUUGACAAAGCUUGUUCUUUGUAAAACUAUUAUAUACUCAAUCUUGUUAGAUACAUAAAACAUAUGAUCAAUAAAUAAGGUAAUACUGUAUUUGAUGCAAUGUAUCACAAGCAAUUUAAAGACAAUAUUUGAAGUAAU